AUGAAACCAUGGAAACUGUUAUCUUGUAGAUUACAACUUGCUGGUGCUGCAGUUCUUGGAGUUGGAAUAUGGAUCCGUGUUGAUAAAAAUCAAUUCGAGCUUCUGCUAGGGAGUAGUUUGUACCAGAUUAGUGCCUAUGUGUUGAUAGGAGCAGGGGCACUGGUGUUUUUUGUGGGAUUCUCUGGCUGCUGUGGGGCUGUCAAAGAAAGCAAAUGCCUGCUCUGGACAUACUUUGGCUUGUUAUUCUUGAUCUUUGCAAUUGAAGUUGUUGCCGCAAUCCUGGCAUUUGUUUUCUUUGAAACGGUUAAUGCGGAGAUUGAAAAGCAAAUCAAUGUGACCAUCAGUGAAAGGUAUGGAAAAAACUCAUUCGAGGUUUUGAAUAAAGCAGUGGAUGCUUUACAAUCUGAGAUGAAAUGCUGCGGAUCAGAAAACUGGAGAGACUGGCAGCAGUGGAAUGACUCUAGAGUACCCUGGUCAUGUUGUGAACGAGCUGUUAACAAAUCAUGCCCCAGUUUGUGUAAUCUUAAUAUAAACUACAACGACACAACUGACCCAAGUGGCAUUUACUCAAAGGGAUGUAAACCCCAACUACUGGAUUGGGCCAAAGAGAACUUGAUUAUAUUAGGGGCUUUGGGAAUAGCAACUGCCUUUAUAGAGCUCCUGGGCAUGAUUUUUGCAUGCUGCUUAAUCAAAGCCAUAGAUGACCAGUAACAGAUGACCAGUCAUAGAAAGGAUAAGGAAAAGUGUGAAAACAUUCAUAUUUACUCCAGAUACAGUUUGUUUCCUGGCAUUAGAAAUCUACAAAAUGUAGGAAGUUGAAUAGAUUUGCAUCAGUGAUACUGCUAAAUGUAAUGCAAGUGCUUAAAAUUAAGAAUGCUGGCCAUGUUAGAAUGGUUUCAAAUAUUAUAGUUAACGACAGUUACUUUGCAAACCUUAGAAAAGCAAUAUUGAGAGAAUUCCUAAAUAUGAGAUUGUAUUCUAUGAUAAUUUGAAAAUAAUUUCUCGCAUCAGAUUGCCUACCUACUUGCAGACACACACUGGAAUCACUAUCCAUAUUUCUAUUUCAUCAAGCCAAAAACAUGAUUCAUAAGCUUCUUUUAUAUAUCUAUAUUGUAAAUAUACUUUUAUACAGAGUAAAACUAUUAGAAUUUCUGCUAAAUGAAGCAUAUAAUUCCAGUUGAGAAGGCAUCAAAGCCAUUCAAUGGGCAGACAUAAAGGGCAAAUAAACUAAUAUUUUGAUGCAAUAUGUCAUAAUGAUUUACAGCAAAAUAAAUAUUCCAUCAAAAUAUUAGUUUCAAUAUUCCAAUAAUAUUGACAGUAGGUUUUUAUUAUGUCUACUGGCAAAAUAUCCAGGAGUUCACAGCAUCAUGCACCCAACUGCAUUCACAGACACAGGAAAUGGUUUCAUGUCCAGAAAAUGUGUCUGUAUAUAAAUAAAAUGAUAGACUGAAAUGUUUAUUUAAGUAGCAUCACAUAACAUUUAAUUUUAUAAUACAAACCAUGAUUUGAAAGUGCAUUUUUUUAUUUGAAUAAUAUCAUAUACAAACAUUCUGUACAUGUUGACCCUUGUGGAAUAUACAUAUUCAUUCUCUUUUCAACCCCCAUCAAGUUAUAAGCAUAAAACACUUAUCUCUGCAACUUGUUUUCCUUACAAAAAAAUUUUUCAGCUGUAAGCAAGAAUGAUCUUACUGGAACAUACAUUAAAAUUUCAAUGCUGAAGCUGUUUAGUCUUUGUAAUUAGAGGGGGGAGGUCAUAGUUCUAUAUCUGUUUGCUUCAGUUGAAUGCUUUAUGGUUUAUCUUGAUCCUAAGCACAGAAUGUAACAUGUGUUCAAAGUCCCUUUAAAUUGAUGUUUCAACAUUUUGCAUUGUUUAAAAUUCUAAAAUGAGUUGGUUACUAAUUCAGUGUUGCCAACUAUUCAUCUUUGGAAUGACAGACUAUCAGCAAAAGGCACUGGCAGACAAAAAAAUCACAAUCAAAAAUGGGCUUUGGACACCUUGAAGAGCACAAGUUAGGUUCUAGACUUCAAGAGGUUCUUGACUUGAAUUCAGCUGCUUGUCUCCCAGAUGUUUAGAAAAAUUAAUGAUUUUCCAAUUAUUUCUCCUUGUUUUAACUCAUUUAAAAUUGAAUAAAAUGCUUAGAAGAACAUUAAGAUUCCAA